UGUAUUUUGCUCAACAGGCGCAGACGUGGAGUUUCCAGGCUAUAAAGAUGGAGACAUUGUUCGAGCUUUAGUGAACAGUUACAUCAACGUAACCUUUCACCUCAACACAUCUAACUGCACGUACACUCCAGACUGGUUCCGGUUUAAGGUGUCUUUCAGCCAGGCUUCAUUCAAUGGGGGCAUCUGCAGCAUCUUCAUCCAAAAUAGGACCUGCAGCAUCAUCGGCAGGUCCUGGGUACUGUCGGUGUACAGACGAUGCUCGAGGCUCGGCCAUAUUGUACAGACAGUUUAAGCAGCCAGGUCGCAGUGUAUACAUCUGGAGUUGGAGCGAUUCAGUCAGGAAAAAAGUUUCAAAGAAAGCUCAAAUUUCAUUUGAUGUACAGGAUGAUAAUGGGAGUACUCAUGACAGUACUGUGACAUCUACAUCAGGUAGCCCGACUGCAGCAGGAGGCGAUAACCUGAAUGUCAUUUUCGUCACCAGCGCAACCACUGCAGCAGUUAUCAUCGUCCCUAUCAUCAUUAUCAUCAGCGUCUACGUCUACAGACGCAGAAGAGGUCAGGCCACAAGGCACUCUAAUUAUUUCCGCUACAGCUUCUUGAAAGGAGAUUAAUUUUGUUUACAAGUGUAUCGAUCACAAUAUUUUUGUCUUUCUAUUCUUCGUUAACAUUCCUGCUACCCUGUUCAACAAGAAUUUGUCUUUCUACUUAAACAUAACCCGGCCUUUCCCCACCACCAACACUCCGCUGUGUUUUGCUAUCGCUGUAUUAUUUUAUUGUAAACCGUCAUAGCCUUAUAACAUAAAGCGAUUUGUGAUCGAAAUCUCGUGAAAUUCUCGAGUCAUCUCGGCGGCUGUGCGAGAUCUGCUGAUCAUGUGACCGCAAAGUUGAGGUGAGUACCUUGUCCUAGUCUUUGAUGUUAAUGUGGACAUAUUCUCCAGUCCAUGACCAAAUAUUACAUAUAUGUAGAGUAAUGUCCCUUCGCCUAACAGGCCUGAGGGGGUUAUCUCUCCUCAUUGUUGUUUUUCUGCUUUGAUGUGCUGUACUUUCAUUGCCUGUUGUACCCACCUGUACUUU